GGGUGGUGCUGCUCGCAUAUAUACGCAUGCACAGCUCUGUGGACAAUUGCAAAAUGCCACGAUAAAUACGCGAAGCAUCCGCAAGUCGCGGCGGCCAUGAGGCGGAGCACCUCUUUGGCCGUGCUGCUCGGCGCGGCCGCCGCUGCGGCCAGCAGCAAGAAGAAGCAAAAAAAGAAGCCCGUCAACGUGCUCUGGCUGCUCGUCGACGACCUGCGGCCGCAGCUCGGCGCCUACGGCCAGCGCGAGACGCAGACGCCGCGCCUCGACGCGCUCGCGCGCGAGGGCGUGGUCUUCGAGCGGGCCUACUGCCAGCUGAGCGUCUGCGCGCCGUCGCGCAACUCGUUCAUGACGGGCCGGCGGCCCGACUCGUUGAGAGUGUACAACUUCGUGGACCACUUCCGGUCGACGACGCCUGACGCGAUCGCGCUGCCCGAGUUCUUCCGGAGCAAGGGCUACGUGACGCUGGGCGCGGGCAAGACCUACCAGCCGGGCAAGCCGCCGAUGUACGACGAAGGAAGGAGCUGGUCGGGCGAGAUGCCCUAUUUACAUUUAACGAAGAACCUGACGCGGUGCGCGGAGCGCCAUCCUCAAUCAAACAAGUUCCUGGACGUCUGCCCGACGGAGGGUCCCGACGUGGACUUCAUGGACCGGCGGACGGCGGAUUAUAGUAUCGAGGCCAUGUCAAUUGCCCGAACAAAAAAAAAACCGUUCUUCGUCGCGUGUGGCCUCUACCGGCCGCACCUGCGCUGGCACGUCCCCAAAAGAUUUUACGACUUGUACGGAACGUCGAACAUAAGAGCACCUAGAAGAACGAGGCAGGUGCCCGUGGACAUGCCAGACGUCGCGUGGGCGAACGAAGGGUGCCACACGAUGACCACCCGUGAAUACGGGACGAAGAAGGUUAUGAUCAAUCGGCCUCUGCCUGUCCAAAUGCAGCGGGACUUGGUGCGCGGGUACAUGGCGUGCGUGUCGUGGGUCGACCAGUUGUCGGGGGAAGUGUUGGACGCGCUCGACGCUCGUGGAGGGAAGGAGGAUACAAUUGUGUUGUUGAGCUCGGACCACGGCUUCCAUCUGGGCGAGCAGGCGUCCUGGACGAAGCAUACGUUAUUUGAACAUUCGGCGCGCGUGCCGUUCGUGAUCCGGGCGCCGGGUAUCAAACCGGGACGGACUCGAGCCCCCGUUGAGUUAAUUGACAUCUACCGGACGCUCGCCGACCUGGCGCACUUGUCAAAGGUCCCGGAGGACGUCCAGGGGUCUUCCCUGGUGCCCGUCCUCCGCGAUACUCGCUCGCAAAUACGAAAUUUCAGCCUGACGCAGUACCCGCGCUGCCCGCGGGACUGGAGCAAGAUGUGGGACGCGAACUGCAAGCGCCUGAGCGCCAAGGAUAUACCGGUGAUGGGCUACUCGCUGCGUGUCCCCGGCUGGCGGUUCACGGAGUGGUACCGCUGGGAGCGCGACCCGGGCGCGCCUAUUUUUGAGGGCGGGCCGCCGCGCGGCCGCGUCUCUACACCGAUCGCGACGGAGCUCUACGCGCUCCCCGAGACCAUCGAGGACGACUUCGACGCGUUCGAGCGCCGGAACGUCGCCGCGCACGCGGACGCGGCCUGCGCGCUGCGGGGCCUGCGGGAGGCGCUCCUAGAGCUGCUCGCCUGCCAGCACGGCGCGUCCGCGCGCGACCGCGCG